ACGGCUUUCGAAUAGAUUUCGACCGUUGACAUGAGGAUCGUUGUCCCGAGCUGGUAGAUUGCUCGCUAACGCUAGCUAGCCACUAGCUGGCGUGUAGCAUGGCACUGUUAGUGUCCAGCUUUAGCCGUUAAGUUGAGCUGACAGGCUAAUAUUUACCAGCUGGCGACGUGCUGUAGCUGGGUUCGAAAGCAUUCUGGAAGGUAUCUAUGGGCCAAUGCUGCUGAGAGACCUCAAUUUAUUUGAUGACUGUGAACCCGAAGAAGUAGAGGACUGGUCCCCUGAAUCAAGCUGCUCCCAGUGUUCAUUCUGCAACCUUCUCCUAGACAAACUCAAUGAUCAAGUACCAGCAGCUUUGUCGCCUCUGUCCUCCCCCUCUGAUUACUCUCCCUGUCUGAUCUCUGAGAGCAGCCAAUCAGCUCACAGGUUUCUUCAAGCUGUAUUUCACAAAAAAGAUGUCUCCCUAGGCUGUGAUUCCAACAUCCCCCUGGUUGCCCAGGAACUGAUGAAGAAGAUGAUACAUCAGUUCGCCUUGGAGUAUGCGUCAAAGUGCCUACUCCACCCAAGUACAAAUGGUGUUAUGAGGACUCCAUCGCCUUUAUUAGAAACAGAAACCUCAGAUGCCCCUCUGGACCUCACAGUGUGUCGGUCUCAGGAGGAGAAAGAAAGUCAUCCUGAACUAGAUGGCGUGCUUGACCUGUCCAACAGAAACGCUGCAACCUCAUCAUCACUGUCUAAUCACAAUGGCACAGGUUCCUUGCUGCAGUCAGAAAACAUGGGUGAUCUGGGACAUCGAGGGACUAAGCGGCAUCAGACAUCUGUGUUGGAUGCUGUUCUCAGCUCACUCUGCCCAGCACAUUCUUCUUUAUUACACAAGAUACUGAAGAUGGCACAGCACGAAAAACGUCUGUCUUUCCUCAAUCACAAACCCGUAGGUCAAAUGGAAUCUUACUGCUCACGCUGUGGGGUAAACCCUCACGACAGUGUUAAUACUCUUGCAGUCCCAUUAAGUGAAUGUAAAUCUCACAACCAUAAACCAUGCUACCCUUUGACUGAUUGUGAUCAUCAAGGUCAUGGUAGCACAUUUUACCAUCCAGGAGACUCAAAGUCAAAUUGCAAUAUCCCUCAUUAUCCUUUAAAAGACUGUAAAAGCAAAUCUUCUGCGGGCUCAAGCUACUCCUGUGUGCAGAGAUGCAGGAUGGAAACCUACACCGCUCUAUGCCCCAAGAGGCUGCAUUGCGCUUCCUGUCUUGGUCAUAUCAGCAAAGUAGUGUGUCCGUUUGCAUCCACCCGCUCCUCUAUGUGCAGUCCCUCCUCAAUGGUCUGCUGUAAUCAACACAACUGUCACUUUUGUCCCUGUUACUCAAAGCAUAUGUGUCUGAUGCAGGUCAGGAACUCCCAAGAAAUCGGGUUUGGAGACCAGGAUCCUCCUUGUCCUGUGCUGAAGAUGGAACAAAGCCCCUCCCCUCCUCCUCUUUCCCCAGUGUCCUCAGACAUCAGUAAGAAAAUGGAUGAAAACCCACCCUUCCUGCUUCACCAUGGACAUGAGGUGGAAGCGGAACAAAUUGUUAGAAAUUAUUUUAUGAAUUCUAUUCAACAUAAAGCUGAUGGUGAUACAACUACAGAAGAGGGGCAGCAGUAUAUGACUACAAGUCAGGCUGAGCGAAACCAAAGCAGGACUUUACUGCAAGAUGUUUUGAAUCGUUUUAGUAAAACAAUCGACACCAUCAGACCUUUAGAUAAGGACCAAGAGCAGCCACAAUCUCCAAGUCAGAGCUUGCAGUGUCCUGGUGAUGCCCAUCUGACUGAAAUCAUCACCAAAGUGCUUCACAAGGGCAGUGCUAGCGACUACAAUCUCAGUGACCUUUUCAAUCAACAUGAUAGCAACGAGCCCAAGUCACCUAACACACGCUCACGUCGUCGCCAGGAGGUCCUGGCUGCUAUAGCAACACCUGUUGAUGAUGCUUCAAAUAGAAGGAAGGUCUUAAAAAUAAAGCGGGAGCUUGCUAUGCUUGACCACAACAGAGAAAGGAAUGUGCCACCAGUUAAGCGGUCAAGACUGAAAGAUGGAAAUGUUCUGACCGUGUCAGACUUGAACCCUAAUAAAGAGACUGAAAGAGAAAUGAAGGAAGAUGUUGAAUCUACAGAGAAUCAUAGAAUUAGAAAAAGACCACCGAAUGUUCUCUCUGCAGCCGGUGGUAGGGAUGAAGGAAAAGGUGAGUUGCGAACAGUAAUAACCACAGAGGAUGUUAAAAUUCUUGAAGCAGAGGGAAAACAAAUAGAAAAAACCAGCGAGGAGACAUAUUUUACUCUUUCAGCCACUAAAAUCCCUACCCUUGAGUUCCGGCGCAAUUACAGCAGAGGUGAAUGUCAGCAAGCACAGAUAAGUGCAUCCUCAGCAAAACUAUCUGGUGGGGAAAGUGAUAAAGGUGUUGAAGGUAGUGAUGAUGAAGGUGGCAAGAACCACAAACCAGCCCCAUUAGCUCAAAACCUGGGCAGAAAUAGUGAAGGUAAGGUUUGGCCUGAAAGGCAGAAGGAUCAGAUGAACCACUCUAAGGAUGAGAGGAGAUCUAAGAGGAACAUAGUACCUCCACAGCGGUUUUCCUCCUAUGUCACAGAGCCCAGGAUGUUCUUUGUUGCACGGUUCGAUGACGGCAUCUUGAACAGAAGAAGCAUUUUGCCAUCUAGUCCACUAGAUGACUCAUCUAAAGGCCCAUGUGCUAGAGUCCCUCAGCUUGAAUCAAGACACGAAACCCCUUUGUCUCCACCUGAGCACACUGAGAGUCUUGCCUUAGAAGCACCACAACGAAAACAAUGUAGACCUUCACACACCAAGUCAAAAGGUCAUAUUGCACAAAGUGUAGCUACCAGAGGGAGGGGUCAUGCAGCACAACAGGCAAGCUCAGACACGCCCCCAAACCCCUUGGAUGUGAACGUCGGCGAUUCAUCUGCUACCUGCGCUGAGGGUCCUGCCAGCCCCCCAACUGAUUACACUAGUCCAAUUAAGCUCAUGUUUGUGUCACCAGUAGAAGACAAGAAAGGGGUCCGAUAUAGUCUCAAAUCAGCCGCCUCUGGUUCUAGUGCACAAGCAGAGGAACACUUUGACCCAUGUGAAGUGUCAUCAUGGUCAGGGUCACCUGAGAAACACAAAAACCACAGCACAGAAUCUGGUACUUCACUAGUAAAAACAACCCCUUCACCAUCAAAGUCAGCUUCCUCACCUACAGGAUCUGCUAGUUUGCCGACCAAGUCGGCUUCGCCACCCAGCAGGUCUGUCUCUUCACCAGGAAAGUAUUUCCCCUCCAAACCUAAGUCGCCUUCCUCGCCAGCAAACUCAAGUUCCCCACGUAGCAAGUCUAUGUCUUCACCAGCCAAGUCAUCCACAUCCAAAUCAUCACCGUCGUCACCGGCCAAAUCCACAUCCUCAGCGUCUCCUUCCCCUAAACCUAAAUCACCCAAAUCUGCUUCCUCAUCGCCUAAAAUAGGUUCCAGAAGAAACGGUGAAACCACUCCAACUAAGCGCGUAGCUGGACCUGACAGUCAGAGGUCCCCAUGUGACUUACCAGCUUUUCAUGAAACAACUCCUCCAAAAAGGCGUCCGGGGCGCCCAAAGAAGCUGGGACCACAGCUGGAGCAGAAAGUCAAAAGGCCAAUUGGUCGACCACGCAAACAGAAGGCUGUGGAUUCAGUAAUUGGGUCGAAGACUGUCGAACCUGUUGUGGCAUCUGAUAUUGAAGAAAAUGUAAACAAGAAUCUCAAAAUCACAGUCGUGUACGGCCGUUCAAGGAGACACAAGCGAAUGGUGUCUGAGUGCUUUGACAAACUCCAGACAGACUUUCACGAUGCCUGGCAAGCGGCGGCGCUUAAAAGUGACUUGAGAAUUUCAAUGUGCAGCUCUACAAAAAACCCGGGAGGUACGGAAGCGACUUCAACCGAGGAGUUGACGUUUGUCAGCCCUGUUAAAGAAUGUGCCACUCAGUCUAGUAGCAACAUCAAGUGCCAUAAAGGGGAUAAUGGUGUGCCCUCAAGAAAACCAGGCAGGCCUGCAAAGGUUAAAAUCUCUGGAAUCUCUGUCACAGUAACUGCAGUUUCACCGCGGCAGCGCAAGAUUCAGAUCAACAGGGAUAAUCUACAAUCUCUCGAAACGCCUUUUCAGAAGAAAAAAUCCAGGCCUGAACUAAAACCUGCCAAAUCCUCUGGCGCAAGCAUCGCUCCCCCAAUAAGCAAAAUCUGUGAAAGUGAGAAAGGAGUAAAAGCACAGGACGACAGUAUCAGUCAAGUUUCCAAUCAAGCCGUGCGUCACUCAAUGAGAGUAAGAAAACCAUCCAUUCAUUUUCUGCAUGCUCUGGCUACGUCCACCUCCAGAUCGUACAGCCACAGUAAUGCUCUGCUGCGCCGCUCCAAACAGCUCCUGCUGAACAAGGCCAGCAAUGAACGGAAAAAGGAGGAGCAACAGAGUAGCCUGGAACCGUCAUGGGGGAGAGAGCAACUCUGUGGCCACGGGAAGACGAACGUCCCCCAAGACCUGAGCAGAGUGGCAGGCGUCUCGAUCGACUCGAUCUUCAACCCGAAAGAAACGCUAAGGUGGUGGCCCCCGGCGGCUGAGGAGCAGUCAAUGAACCAAGAGCUCGCCAGGCGAAUCCGACUCAUCUCCGAUACCUGGGUCUCGGACACGGUUGAAAACCAAGAAAGAGAAAUGACCUUUGAUUCUACUUUGGACGAUGUAAGCGAUGGUUCAUUCGUCAAAACCGAACGUUCCUCUGUGGUUCGAGCGCUUUUCGACUGUUCCCCCAACAAGCCAAGGUCCUGUAGCAUGCAGCAGCUGUCCUCCUGGUUCAUGGAGACCACGGAGACGCAAUCUCUGGCUAUUGUCAAGAAGACGAGCUCCCGUAACCCUUUUGAACUCAUGCACUUUCCUCGCUCCGUCAAUAAAAAAAGCGUGUGCCACAGUCCUCAGGCUGAGCGACUACGCAGGCACAUUAAGAAGUUUGCCAAAACUGUGCCAAAAAGUCCUUCUCAACAUCAGAAGGCUCAGAGAAGGCUACAGAGGAACAGCCCACCACUGGCAGCACACAAGCAACAGGUGUUUGGUUGCCAGCUUGCAAAAGGCAACGCCAAACAUACAGUUCUGUGGUGGAGAAGAGGAACAUUUAGCAGAUACCAGGCCACUGUAGUCAGAGCCAAGACAAGGUUCUGCAACCAGAAAGAAAGGGAGAGGUUUCGAAACAAGCAGAGGAAUGAGAACCGCUUCAACGCUACAGGCCGUUCCAAUGGACCUGCAGGAAACGAGCUACAAUCGAAACAUGGAGCAUUACACAGAUCAGUAAAACGCAAUUUAUCAGAGUAUUUGGUGAUUGAUGCUGCUGACCAGAUACAGGGGCCUGUGGAUGUACCCAAAGAGCAGAACAUCUGCUCUAAAGCCUGGAGCCCCGAGACACUGAAGGAAUGUCGGGUGUUUCUGAGGAAGAUCAACUCUCCGGACAGUGAAUCGGCGGAGGAGGAGUGGGACUCGUGUACUGUGACAUUGGACGACGGGUCACCGCCUGCCUACCUGUUUGCAGGAGGGGCCAGGAAACUGGUGGGAGUUGUUAAAGCUGUGAAAACUGAAGAGAGGAAUAUGAAUAGUAGGACGGCCUCAAGGGAGCCGGUGGGGCCGGAGCCAAAGUCAGCCCAGGGGCAGAGCGAGCUGCCCGCGGGGAGGCAGAGAGGCAAAUAUAAAGGUCCUGGGGCUGUGGCCUCCGAACCACAACCAGCGAAAAUGUUGAGACAAUCGCGGGUGAGAGGUCUAACUGGGCCAAGAUGGUGCGACUUUGUGUUUGAGAACUAAAUGAAGCGCGAGGCCUCCUCCUUCCUGGGUAAAGGGACUGUGGUUUAAUGUGGUGCCUUUGGACAUGGAGCUGACCAUGUGGACUGACCGUCCCACUAUGGUUCAGUCUGACAUUCAGCAAUUAUGUAGCAGUCUAAUUUAACAAAAGCUUGAUGUUGCACUAUUUUUCUCCAUUGAUAUAUUUGUACAGAAUGUUUUCGUGCCCUAGUCUGUUUGAACAUGUUUAGUAGAUCAAAUCAGUACGUUGGAGAGUGUUUUAAUGGGUAAGUGCUUCUACAACCUGUCACGGUUGCUGUAUUAGAAGGAAAAACAAAGCCAGACUGCAUAAUAGACGGCGCCGGCCCCCCAAGACUCGCCUACUUACCUCAAGGUCGCUGCCUUCACAGAGUGUUUGGCAUAAAUUGUAAUUGAAAACCAGAAGCUUUUAAUACUUUGUUUUGACUCUACAUCUACAGGUCUAAAAUCACUUCACACUUACCAUUUUAUUUAUAGUCGUACUAACAUUCACAGAGUGUAUAAAAACCUUUUUCGUUUUAAAGUAUAUGCAGUAUAUGAUUUCAGUCUGGUAUGUUCCUUAGAAGCUACAGGUACUGUUGUUAUGUUCAAGCCGCCAUUAGCAUGUGCCCAAACCAAAUAUUUUGUCACUUCUUUUAAGGUUUUUAAGUACAACUUCACGUCUCAGCUCAGACACAAUUAGCCAAACAACAGGAAAACAAUAUUGGUGAUAAUUUGGAUCAUCUGGACACCAUGCAAUGCAGAGGUAUUUGUGAACUGAUGAAGAAAAUGGCAUUUUGCAGUUCCUGAUUUCUUUCUGUGAUCUGUUUAUUUUCUUUGUCGUCUUGUUUUCACACAAAGCAUAUACUGUACGUCUGUCACAUCUGCUCCUUGCACUAUUUCUUCAGAGAUUUAUUCAACACAGACCCCCCCCAUAUUUUGCACAUCCCAUAGUCCAUUACCAAGCCCUACUGUAAAACUAGAGAAUCUAUUUGGUGCAAUACAAACCCAGAUAAUUUAUCAGUGUGUAGUUAUUUUAUUGCUGACUGACAAAUGGAUGUAUGCACGUUCCCGUGGCCUGAGAAGUUGUUUCAGUUGUUUCCAUAGUCAUGUGACGUCUUUUUUUUUCUGUAAUGGACACCGCGAUACACAUAUUUUAAAAUUUCUAUCUGUUGUUUAGUAGGUGAGGCAGAAAUAGAACAGAUCCUUAAUAUUACGAAAGCAUUAAAUAGUUUUAUCAUAACAUUAGCAUUAUUUACUGUUGAAGCAGGUGGGACAUGUUAGCCUUCCUGUUUUUCUUGCAGCAAUAGACGCCUACCUCCACUGGUGCUCAGCUAGGCCUGCUGCUCUUUACCUUAUCAACCAUGGGACAAAUGAAGCCGGAAGGUUGAUCAGUAAACACUAAUCUUGAAUCUGUAUCAUGUUACAUCCAAGAUGUCUGGCUGUAGGUCAAAACUUAAUCCUGUAGUAUGUGUUGUGUGCCUGAAUAUUCUUGUGUGUCUGUCACUAUGGUUGCCCUUUCAACAGGAAAGUCAGGUGAUUUGUGAUUACUCUGCCCUCUGUUGAAAAACCUGGUGCUAAACAGCUGUUGUAUAUUUACUGUGUUUUUAUACUGUCAGAUGCAGCAAAGGUGUGUCUGUAAUUUGGAAAAUUAAAGAGUCCUUUGAAAUAA